AUUUUGGAAGAGAUAGCCAGUACAAUAACUGGGAGAGAGGAUUAUAUUGUGACUCUUCAAGGGGAAGUGUACGGGAACCCUGAACUAGAUCUUUCCUCAUGUCAAAAGUCGGCAUCUUCUAAUAUUUCCAGAAACAAGAGCAGUGUGGUAACUCUUCAAAGUGAUAAUGUCAAAAACAUAGAAAGUGAAGAAUAUUUGUCUUUGAAAGUUCCAGGCCAAAUGACCAUGCAGGACUCCUCAGUGAUGUUCUGUAAGAAUGAGCCCCAGGAUCCUCAGGAAAGCAAAAGUCUAUUUGUAACUGAAGAAAGCACUGAGAGAAAAGUAAUAGGGGAGAAAAGUCCUCCCAGGGACCAUUGUUCAGAGAACCUUCAAAUUAAAUUUGUGUCUGAUGUAACAGAACUGGUCUCGCCAUUGUUCAGUGGUGAGGCAAUCUGCCAGAAUGGCCAGCUGAAAGAAUACUUGGAUCCCCUAGACUGUAACCACAAAGACAGUUGUGGUUGGAAAUCACAGGUGGCCAGUCGUAGUCAUCAGAGAGCUCAUACAGAAGAGAAACCCUGUAACCGAUAUCACUGUGGGAAAAUACUGAACACCAGCUCAGAUGGCCAUCCACGUGAGAAAAUCCACACUGCAGAGAAACGAUAUAGAUGUAGUCGGUGUGGUGAGGACUUCAAUGAGAGCUCAGCACUCCUACUUCAUCAGAGAGCCCACACAGGAGAAAAGCCCUACAAAUGUGAGCAGUGUGGGAAGGGCUUCACCAGGAGCUCAAGUCUCCUCAUCCAUCAAGCAGUCCACAUGGAUGAGAAACCUUACAAAUGCGACAAGUGUGGGAAGGGCUUCACGAGGAGUUCAAGUCUGCUCAUUCAUCACGCAGUGCACACAGGCGAGAAACCUUAUAAAUGUGACAAGUGUGGGAAAGGCUUUAGUCAGAGCUCCAAACUGCACAUCCACCAGCGAGUACACACUGGCGAGAAGCCCUAUGAGUGUGGGGAGUGUGGUAUGAGCUUCAGUCAGCGCUCUAACCUGCACAUCCACCAGCGAGUCCACACGGGAGAGAGGCCCUACAAAUGUGGAGAGUGCGGGAAGGGCUUCAGUCAGAGUUCAAACCUUCACAUUCACCGGUGCAUACACACAGGGGAGAAGCCCUACCAGUGCUAUGAGUGUGGGAAGGGCUUCAGCCAGAGCUCAGAUCUCCGCAUCCAUCUCAGAGUCCACACUGGAGAGAAGCCCUAUCACUGCGGCAAGUGUGGGAAGGGAUUUAGCCAGAGCUCCAAACUACUCAUCCACCAGAGAGUGCACACUGGAGAAAAGCCCUAUGAGUGCAGCAAGUGUGGGAAGGGCUUCAGCCAGAGCUCCAACCUCCAGAUCCACCAGCGGGUUCACAGGAAAGAUCCCUGUUAAAGAAGGUCUUCAGUCUCAGUGCUCAUACUCUAAAGACUGUUAAAUAUUUUUAACAUCACUCUUACCUUUAUAUUCUGUGAAAGAAAGGGAGAGUUAUUCGGAUAUGUUCCCUCACUGAAACUCAUUCAUUCAUUUCAAAUAUUUAAGUACCAAGCACUUUGUUAUGCUAUAACAUGAAUUGAUUGUUCUGGUUCCUCAGAUGGAUGGAAUGAAAACAUCUAUACUUUGCAGUUCAGCCGAUGUUAUUAGAACUACAUAUCCUACCCAGCAUUCAUAACUGCAAGAACUUUAUAUUUGUCCAAGCAGAACAUGUUUCCCUUUGUUCACAAUCUCUUAGAAAUUGGAGCUCUGGUUUCUCUUCAAAUUAUGUGCCUUGUGUUUUUCAUAUUUCUUUCCAGCCCUGAGUAACCCUGUCUAAACUACAAUUGUACAAUAUGUUAGUUUUAGGCUGAGGAGGUGGUUGGAGUUACAAUAGGCAUGGAAAUCUAUUGUGUUUAUUGCAAAACUGUACAAAAGUCUGUGGCCAUACAACAAGAAGGUGGAGAAGAGCUACUCAUGUAUUACACCCCAUACACUGUUUUACAGGGUGUUGAACCCCCUCCCCUCACCUUCCUGAAGGCAACUGCUCAGCAAAAUAAGUAGUUCUUCUUCCUGGAUGCUCCUAGUCUAUUGGGAUUCUUCUGAUUCUCGCCACCUCAGUUGACCCCCCUGCAACCUAAAGCCAACGAGGGUACAUACACCAUGUUAAAACAUGUCAAAUGAAGUUGAAAUAUAUUUAAAUGUAUUUAAUUCUUCUCUCAACAAUUCCUUGUUUCCUUAAUUUUCUUCACCACCUAUGUUCUAAGCAAAACAAAGGAGUCAGGAGAGAAAGUCCUGAUAUUUGUCUCUUCAGGCUUAUCUAGUGUUUUAAUAUUUGAUGUACUCUCAAAAAAUCAUUAGUUUUUGCAGCAUCCCCAGCCUCUUUAGACUUCGCUGUUGACAUCUAACUCAUAUUUA